AUGGUGCCGAGACCGACCCAGCGCGUCGGCGGGCUCAGAGUCCUCGCCUACGAGAACCGCGAGAACGCCAGCUUCCACCGCAUGGUGAGCGAGACGGCCGCGGCCACCGGCCUGCCCGUCACGAUCGGCGCGAUCGCGCCCGCCUCGCGACGCAACCUCAUGUCCGGCGACAGGGAGCGCUGGCUGCGCGGCGUGCUCCCGACCGUGCGCGAGCGGCUGGUCCUCAACGUUGACGCGACCGACGCGCUGCUGCUGUGCACCGCCGAAGAGCUGAGCAGGAAGUACGACGCGCUCGCCGGCUCUUCGUCCGACCUGGUGGUCGGCGGCGAGGUGCGCGCGUGGCCGCGCUACUUCAGGUACGAGGGUGUCAGCAUAUACCGCAACAUGCGGUCGGCCAACGCGACCGCCUACCCCGCUCGGCCCGACGGCAUGAACGGCGUCCUGCCGCGCUACGUCAACAUCGGGACGAUCCUCGGGCCGGCGAGAAGCUACGCCAAGAUGCUCGAGUGCAUGCACGAGGCGCGCGCGCUGCGCGCCUGA